UUUAGCUUUGACAGAAUUUCGUUUUGGAGGGAAAAAGAGUAACGCGUCCUGUUUCAAAAUAAUUAUUUUAUUUUUAAGGUUAAUUAUAUAGGAAUAAAUCAUUUGUAUGAAAUAUUAGUGAUUAAUAUAAUAAAAUUAGUUAAAACCAUGUCUCAAACUACGCUGACUACAUUUUUCAAUAGCAGAAAAAGGCCCGCCACGGAUGAUAUCGUUAGCUCCAAAAGUAAAAUACCUAAUUUAGAAAGAAUAUCCGAAGCUAAUAAACUGGAAACCAAGUUACCCAGUACAAGAGGUAAUGAAUCAAUUACAAAAACAAAUAAAUCAUCUGUAAAUAAAACUGUUAAAUCUGAAUUACCAAAGACCCAACAUGUGGAGCCAAUUGCAAAAGAAUCUUCUUCGGGGGAACAGAAAAAUUUGGGAGCUUUUGCUAAAAAGUCGAAUACGUCGAAUAUUGUGAAGAAUACCAACUCUGGUAAGAGUGAAUCACUCAAUUUAGCUAGAAAAGAGUUAAGUUUAGGUGACAUCAGAAAGAAGUUAGCAGGUAGUUCUCGGUUAGCAGAACUGAAAGCAUCAGCUGAACGAAUAAGCAAGGGAAUUCAAGAUCUCAAAGAAAAAUCUAAUAAGAAAAAUUUAAAAGAAUUUAAAUCAAUUGAUGUGGACGUUCCUCAAAGUCCUAGUAAAAAAGCUCAUAUUCAAAAUGAACUUGUAUCACCCAAGAAAACAGUUGAAGCUCACUCUUCACAAAGACCUAUGAUGUCUCCUAGAAAGGUGUUUGUGAGCCCAGUUAAGAGUCCUAGUAAGGUGCCAGCAUACAUUAGGCAUGCAUCGCUAGCCUCCGCAUCAACAACUUUACUGCCUUUACCACACCACUACCGAUUCCUCGCUGAGUUGUUCCGAGGCAUGGAGACUGUUGUUGCAUUGUUAUACAACAGAAAUGAAAAGAUUACAUUCGCCAAACUGAAACCAUCAGUGCAAGAAAUGCUCAAAAGGAACUUUUCGGAGAAACAUUUAGCUCAAAUCAAGCAAUUAGUUCCUGAUUUUUAUAAUUUUGAAGUGCAAAAAAACAAAAACUUCAGCUCCUCCUCUAACAGAGAUACAUAUGAGCUUAUUAUUUCUCCUAACUUCCCAAAUGAUAUUAAAGUAAUGAAUCCAAGUGUUUUAUUGGAAAGAAGAAGAUACUUUUAUGAUACACUUCUACAAGUAGUUAAGAAACACCAUGCUCAAUAUUUGUUGACUCUCGACCCUCCAAUUGAGAUUCCAGAUAACAAGUUGGUUCGUUGGCAUCCUGAAUUUGAACUAGAAAAAGUUCCUGAGAUUGAAAGCUCUAAGUUGCCGGAAAUGCCCAAUGCAGAAAGGAUGACUUCCGCUCAAGACGUGCUUGCAAAAGCAAGGGAACUCUUCAAAUGUAACACUAAAAUGGAAAGGGCUUUGGAAAAACUAGCACAGGCUAAGGCACGUGGUUUGACUGAACAAGAAAAAGCAGUAACAGGACUAAAUGAUGCUCCCAAAACUGCAAGUGCAGAAACCCAAACAAACAAACCAUCGACCAGCAAUGUCACUAUUUUAAAUCCAGCUCUUCGGAACUUGCCAGCAUCACUGCUUGAGAAAGUUAAAGCAAAACAAGCAGCAAAAGCAUUAGAAGCUAUGACAAGGUCUUCAGAUAACGAACAAAAAUAUGCUAUUUAUAGCCGCUUGCCAGAUCUUGCCAGGACUCUGAGAAACAUAUUUGUUACAGAGAGAAAGAAUGUUCUAGCAUUGAAUAUAAUACUUUCAAAAUUGGACAGCAGUUUUAAGUCUAACGUUUCCUCAAGUGAUUUGCAAAGAGAUAUAAAAAUAUUGACAGAGGAAGUACCUGAUUGGGUCAAAUUGCAUGAAAUAAGAAAUGCAACAUAUUUAAAACUAGAUAAAAAUACUGAUCUUAAAAUGAUUAUUACCAAAUUAGAAGCAAUGGCUGCAAAAUACAAAACAGAUUAAUUAAUGUUGAAUGAAGACUGAAUUUUAAAUUAAGCAGUUAAUAUCAUAGAUUUUACAGUACAAAAUGUAUGCAAAACUAUUUAAUCAAGGAUUUUUUUCUACUAUAGGUUUUAAGAUUGUGGUGUGUUUGGUGUAAGGUACUUUUGAUUUGACAUGAAAUCAUUGAUUUUCAUAAAAAAAAAUUGACAUCAAAAUAAAUUAGCACAGUAACAUUGACAUGUUAUUUAUAAGUAUGUAUUUAGACAUCAUGCAUUGUUGACAUUCUACUACUAUAGUUGUGUAUUAUUUAGUAUUAAUUUAAUUUUCAUUUCUAUUUUGUCUUAAAUAUUUCUCGUGUUUUUAAUGAUAUAGUUUCGCCAGUAAUGGCUGCUACGAUUUAAUAACUCACUUAAAUACUUAUUACUUAAGCAUUUUAAAUUAAAUCCUUUUUAAUCGCAUGCAAGUGAUUUUA